GUCUGGUAUACACACACAUAUACCCAGCUCCUCUUCUCAUCCUCUUCCUCCUCUUCUUUUUCUUCAUCCUCCUCCUCCUCCUCCUUCAGGGCCUUCGUCAUUAUUAUAAUUUUUAUUGUUUUUCCUCGACCUUCGCAUCGUUAAUUAAGACAGAAAUGAAGGUGGCGUCGGGCGUGGUGGUGGUGACAGUGGUGGUGAUGGUGGUGGUGGUGCAUGGCGAGGAUGAGGUGGUGGUGCGAUAUGAUACACCGGAUCAACACCACUUCCAGAACGGCAAGGCAGGAAAGCACGUGACCGGCGUGUACGGGUGGACAUCCCCAGAGGGCUACCACUUCCUCGUGCGCUACAUCGCUGAUCUCGAGGGAUAUCGUGUCACUGAGUCAAACGCCGUGCCCGUCAACGCUGCAGGGACGCUAGCGGACGGCAGGCAACGCGCGCCCCUCCACGGCCACGCCCACGUUCCCGGAGACCUGCCUGACGAAGAUACGGGCGGCCCCUGAUGGUGGUGUGGGGAGGGAUGGUUGGGGGUCAGGGAUGAGGGAUGUGAGUGUUUUAAUAAAGAGUGCAA